AUGCAUUUGGACCCCCGGGACGACCCGUACCUGCAGGGGGGGGAGUCCGCCUCGGACAGCUCCGUGGAGGACUUCGAGGUGAAGCCGACGGACAACGUCGUGCUCGCGGCGCGCAACGAGGACGACGUCUCGCACCUCGAGGUCUACGUCUACGAGCUUGACGCGGGGGGGGAGUCCAACUUGUACGUCCACCACGACAUCAUGCUCCCCGCGUUCCCGCUGACGCUCGCGUGGACGGACUUCCGGCCCCAGAGCGGCGGCGCGAAGGGCAGCCUCGUCGCCGUCGGCGCGAUGUCCCCCGCCAUCGAGCUCUGGGACCUCGACGUGCUGGACGCCGUGGAGCCUGUGGCGGUGCUGGGCGGCGUGGCGGGGCCCGAGGAGGUCGCGGGGGCGGGGCUGGACAAGAAGGAGAAGAAGAAGGCGAAGAAGAAGGCGCGGAAGAAGGCCGGGAAGCUGCGCGGGGGCAGCCACGAGGACGCGGUGAUGGCCUUGUCGUGGAACCCAGUGUUCAGGAACGGGCUGGCGUCGGGGUCGGCGGACGGCACCGCGAAGCUGUGGGACCUCGAGCGCGGGGCGUGCCACGCCACGCUCCGCCACCACGCCGGCAAGGUGCAGGCGGUGGCGUGGAACGCCCACGAGGGGCACGUGCUGCUGACGGCGGCGUUCGACAAGCGGGCCUGCGUGGUCGACGCGCGCGCGCCGGGCGGCGACGUGCCGACGUGGGAGCUCACCGCGGACGUCGAGGCCGUGGCGUGGGACCCGACGCGGCCGACGGCCUUCUACGCGUCGACGGAGGACGGCCUGGUGGCGUGCUACGACGCGCGCGUGGGGCCGGGGGGCGGCGCGCUGUUCCGGCUGCAGGCGCACGACAGCGCGUGCUGCUCGCUGUCGGUGAACGCGGCGCUCCCGGGGCUCGUCGCGACCGCGGGGACCGACAAGAAGGUCAAGCUGUGGGACGUCAGAGACGACAAACCAGGACUGAUAGUUGCCGAAGACCUCAAGUGCGGCGCGGUGUUCACGGCGGGGUUCGCGGCCAGCGAUCCGCUGCUUCUGGCGGCGGGCGGCGCGAAGGGCCUGCUGUCGAUUUGGGACGUGUCGACGAGUGCGGCAGUGCAGAAGCGGUACGCGGGCGAGAUCAAGUCGCUGCGCGGGUGA